GUAAUGAAAACACUUCUACUAUUUAUUGUAUUCAUUGGAAUAAGAGCAGUAAGAAGGAAAGAUGAUGAACAGUUUCAAGCCAAUCAAGAAAUUUUGCAUAAUGACCCCUGUUUUGAUGAUUUAGAAGAAAUUGUAGAAAAUCCUUUGGGAGCUAAGGUUUUAUAAACAGUUGCUUUACAAAUAAAAAGUGGAGAGGGUAUCGAUAGUAUAGUUUCCUUAUUGACAAAUUUGAAGAGUGAUCUUGAAGUAGAUUAUGCAUCUAUCAAAAGGGAAAAUAAAUUUAAUAAGAUGGAUCUAAUGCAGCCAUAUAAUCAUAAUGUAAAUCAGAUAUGGACAGCUAUAGUUAGAGGAUAUAAUUAGCAGUAAAUGAAAUUAAUGAUGUUGAAUUCAAAGUAGGAAGAUUAGAAUCAGAUAUUGAAGAUUAUACAGGUGAAUUAGAGCUUAAACAAUCUUAAAUAGAUGUAAUAAUUUGAAGAUUCAUUUAGACUUUUUAAGGUGCUGAAAAUUCUUUGAGAGAUUUACGAUUGAAAUAAUCAGCCAAUUAUAAUAAAAGAUUAGGUUAACUAAAAGAAAUGAUAAAUGCAUUUUAAGUUAUGCUUCCAAAAAUGCAUGAAUUAUAUGAUUAAGUAUAAUCAAGAGAUGCAGAAGUAUAAAUUUAAUUAAUCUAAUUUAAAUAGUCUUUUGUUUAAGAAGAAGCCUUUGCAAAUUCUUUUGUAUAAUUAGCAAAUGGUGGACUUGCUAAUCCAAUUUUAGCUUUGGUUCAGGUAACCUCCAUGAUGGAUUCAAGAUCAAUUCAAACCAUUAUUGAAAAAAUGGAGGUUGUUAGAGAUUCUUUAAUAACAUCAGUAGAUGAAGAAACUGCUUUAGAAGAGCAAGCUAUUAGAGUAUUCAAUAUUUAUUAACAAAUUAGGAUAAUGAUGUUACUCUUAAUGAAAUAUUUAAUGCCAUGUAGGCUUUAACAAGAGAAAAAGCAGCAGAUGAUGAAUCAUUAUAAGACACUAUAAGGACAAGAGAUUAGUAAUAAAAAAGAGGAAGUGAUGCUUAAGCUGAAUUUGUAGCCUCAAAAUCAGGUAUGAAAUAGAGAAGAGGAUAAUGUUAAGAAUUAUUAGUCUAAUAUUAAUAAAAUACAAUUUAAAGAAGUAGAGAGAUAGAGAUUAUUAAAAAAGUGUAAAUCAUUAUUUAGACUAAAUUAAAUGUAGUGAAAUCUUUUAUCCAAGAAUAAUAGAUAUCUUGA